GAACACCAGUGUACUCAGUAGCCUGGGGACCCGAUUCUGAAAAAGUUCUCUAUACUUCAGGGAAACAGCUAAUUAUUAAACCUCUUCAGCCAAAUGCUAAAGUUCUGCAGUGGAAGGCCCACGAUGGACUUAUUUUAAAAACUGACUGGAACUCAGUUAAUGAUCUUAUUCUUUCUGCAGGUGAAGACUGUAAAUACAAGGUUUGGGACAGUUACGGACGCCUGCUGUACAGCUCACAGCCCCAUGAAUAUCCUAUAACGUCUGUUGCCUGGGCCGUGGAUGGAGAGUUAUUUGCUGUGGGGUCGUUUCAUACUUUGCGUCUCUGCGAUAAAACUGGGUGGUCUUAUGCUUUAGAGAAGCCGAACACUGGCAGCAUAUUUAAUAUUGCUUGGUCUACGGAUGGCACUCAACUAGCUGGAGCGUGUGGAAACGGACACGUCAUUUUUGCCCACGUCGUGGAGCAGCGCUGGGAGUGGAAGAACUUUGAAGUCACGUUAGUUAAGAGGAGAACCAUGGAGGUGCACAAUGUUACAGAUGAUGCAGUCGAUUUGUUGGAAUUCCGUGACAGGGUCAUCAAGGCAUCUUUGAACUACGGGCAUUUGGUUGUUUCAACUUCCCUUCAGUGUUACGUGUUUUCUACAAAGAACUGGAAUACACCGCUGAUCUUUGACCUGAAGGAAGGAACAGUUAGUUUGAUUCUGCAAGCGGAAAGGCACUUUCUUCUUGUAGAUGGUGGAGGCCUUUAUUUAUACUCAUAUGAAGGAAGAUUAAUAUCCUCUCCAAAAUUUCCAGGGAUGAGAACAGACAUUUUAAAUGCCCAGACAGUAUCUCUGAGUAACGAUACUCUAGCAGUGAAAGACAAAGCUGAUGAAAAAGUUAUCUACAUAUUUGAAGCUUUAUCUGGCAAGCCAUUGGGUGAUGGAAAGCCUCUAACCCACAAGACAGAAAUUGUGGAGAUUGCGUUGGACCAGAAAGGACUUACAAGUGAAAGAAAAAUAGCUUUUAUUGAUAAGAACAGAGAUCUUUACAUUACUUCAGUUAAACGGUUUGGAAAAGAACAGAGGAUUGUUAAAAUAGGGACAAUGGUUCAAACUUUGGCUUGGAACGACACGUCUAACGUUCUUUGUGGGAUUCAAGAUACCCGUUUCACAGUCUGGUACUACCCCAGCACAGUCUAUGUAGAUAAAGAUCUUUUGCCAAAAACUCUGUAUGAAAAAGAUGCAAGUGAAUUCAGCAAAAAUCCCCAGAUUUUACAUUUUGUAGGAAAUCAAGUAACAAUUAGAAGAGCAGAUGGUUCACUUAUUCACCUUAAUAUUUCACCUUACCCUGCAAUUCUUCAUGAAUACGUUAGUAGUUCUAAAUGGGAAGAUGCUGUCAGAUUGUGUCGCUUUGUCAAGGAUCAAACUCUGUGGGCGUGUUUAGCUGCUAUGGCAGUUGCCAACAAAGACAUGGCUACAGCAGAGAUCGCCUAUGCAUCCAUUGGUGAGAUUGACAAAGUACAGUAUAUCAAUUUCAUCAAAGAUCUUCCAUCAAAAGAGUCAAGGACGGCUCAUAUCUUGCUGUUCAGUGGAAACACCCAAGAAGCUGAAACCCUGCUUCUCCAAGCAGGCCUUAUUUAUCAAGCUAUUCAAGUCAACAUUAACCUUUACAACUGGGACAGGGCCCUAGAACUAGCAGUAAAGCACAAGACACAUGUUGACACAGUCCUGGCUUAUCGACAGAAGUUCCUAGAGGAUUUUGGGAAAAAAGAAACGAACAAAAGAUUUUUGCAGUAUGCAGAAGGUCUGGAAGUUGACUGGAACAAAAUCAAAGCCAAAAUAGAGAUGGAAAUUGCUAAAGAAAGAGAACGAGCAGCAGCCAGUCCCGCAGUGAGAGCUAGUGUAACUGUACAGCAAUAGCUGUCCUUCUGCUCACCUUCAGAAGCGCUUCUUGGAUAUUUUGUACUGGCAUAUUUUGACAAAAAAACAAAAAAGCCGCGGCAAGCAAUCUGUGGGAAAUGGGAGUGAGAAUUGGGAUAGUUCUUGUUAAUU